ACUGCUUCACAGACGCCGAGGCCGAGAGGUGCAAGAAUUCCUCCCUCGUCUACUACAACCAGACCUGCCUCAGCGUCGGGGACUACUGCGGUCUGGCUGGCUUGGGGGGGUUCAACGAGACCCACUGCCACGACCCCGCCAACGGGUCUGCUUGGGUCAGACCCGUCGAGACCGUCCUCGCGAGGAUCUCGGCCAGCGAGGAUUAUUUCAAGAACCGCAUGCUGGGCGUUACGGGGCGCUCCUGGGACGACAUGGGCGGCCUCAGAUGGGAGCUGGUGGGCUGCCUGGCGCUGGCGUGGGUGAUCGUGGGCGCGUGCCUGGCCAAGGGCAUCAAGUCGUCCGGGAAAGUCGUCUACUUCACCGCCCUCUUCCCCUACGUCAUCCUCGCCAUCCUCUUCGUCAGGGGCAUCACCCUCGACGGAGCGAUGAAGGGGAUCGAGUUCUACUUCCUGCAGCCGGACUUCUCUCGCCUGACGGAGGUGGAGGUGUGGAGCGACGCCGCCAUUCAGAUCUUCUAUUCCCUCGGCGUCUCCUUCGGCUGCCUCAUCACGCUCUCCUCCUACAACAAGUUCAAAAAUAACUGCAUGAGAGACGCCAUCAUCAUCGCCUUCUCCAACUGCUCGACGUCCGUGUUCUCCGGCUUCGUCAUCUUCAGCAUCCUGGGCUUCCUGGCGCAGGAGCUCGGCGUGGAGGUGAAGGAUGUGGCUUCCUCGGGCUCUGGUCUGGCCUUCAUCGUGUACCCUGCGGCAGUGUCCCUCCUGCCCCUUCCGCAGCUGUGGUCUGUGCUCUUCUUCGUCAUGCUCAUCAACAUUGGUUUGGCGUCGCAGCUGACGAUGGUUGAAACCGUGACGACGACCCUGUUCGACUACAUGCCCUCCCUCAGGAACCGCAAGCCCCUCAUAUAUAUCCCAGGUUUCCGAAGAUUCCUGAGUAACAUCAAGGAGAUGGGCGUGUACAUCCCCGCCCCUCUGAAGGCCUACUGGCUGGCCACUUGGGUCUUCAUAACGCCUGUUAUGCUCGUGGUGAUCUGCUUCUUCUACAUCUACUUCUUCGUGCCGGCGUACUGGGGCGACUACGUGUUCCCGGCCAACAUCCAGAUCCUGGGCUGGCUCCUCUCCGCCUCCUCCAUGGGUCUUAUCCCACUCGGAGCCCUCGUUGCCCUCUGCAAGACCAAGACCUUCAGGGAACUCUUCCAGACCUCGCCUGACCUGUGUCCUGCGCACGUAAGGUCACAGAGGGCGGCGCAGGAGGGAGGGCCUGCGGCUAGCUUCGAGUAUGACAACGCGGCGUUUGAAGGGACGCAGAAUAAGGUGUAUCCUGAACUUCCACCAUCACAGUGACGCUGAAGAAGAUUACAGAAUCUCUGUCAUACCUGCAGAUAAAAGACAUGAAUUUAUGUCUUCAAAUACGGAAGGAAGAUGAAGCUAAAUGAAUAAUUCAAUAAAGUGAGCUUAUGACAGACGCCAAUCUAUAGUCUGCUCUCUUUAAUUAGUAUGUGUGUGUGUACAGAUUAACAGUGAUAUUGA